AUGUACGUGAGCUACCUGCUGGACAAAGAGGGGCCCGCCAUGUACCCGCCGGGCUCCUCGGUGCGCCACGCCGCGGGGCUCAACUUGGCCGCGCAGAACUUCGUCCCGGGACCCCCUUACGCGGACUACGGCGCCUACCAUGUGGGCCCCGCCGCCGCCGCCAUGGGGCUGGACAACGCGGGGCAGGCGGCCUCCUCGCCCGGCUCGCCUUGGCCCUCGCCUCCGCCGGGCGCCUACGACUGGAACGGCUACGGGCACGGGCAAGCGGCCGGCUUGGCUUACAACCCCGUCACGGGAGACUACCACCCGCACCCGACGCACCCGCCGCCGCCGGGAGGGCCCUCUUGCGGGGGUCUGGCCCCCUCUUCCGCGGGGCUGCUCCACUCCCUCAACGCGGCGCCCCUCCAGCCCACGCCCGAGCAGCUCUCCCCGGGAGGAGGACUGGGAGGAGGAGGAGGAGGAGGAGGGCAACGGAGGAGCCUGUGUGAAUGGAUGAGGAAGCCCACGUCGGGGGGACCCGUGAAAACCAGGACGAAAGACAAGUACCGGGUGGUCUACACAGAUCACCAACGGCUGGAACUGGAGAAGGAGUUUCACUACAGUCGUUACAUCACCAUCCGGAGGAAAGCUGAACUGGCAGCCACUCUGGGAUUAUCAGAAAGACAGGUAAAAAUCUGGUUUCAGAACCGGCGGGCCAAGGAAAGGAAGAUCAAUAAGAAGAAGAUGCAGCAAUCCCAGGCAGCUGGUGUGCACAGUGGCUCUGAGCCCAUGAGCCCUGUCUCCUCCAUGCAGACGGGGACCAAUGGCCCUGUUGUGCCCAACGGAGGCGUGUUGGGCACAACAGGCUUAGUAUCACCUCCCACUGCACAAUGA